AUGCCGGCCAGGUUGGAAUCGUAUGCUCCUAUUGAUAGCAUUGAGGAGACUCCUUCGCCUGGAUCUGCAGACUCAACUGAAGAGCUCAGGAAAGCCUUUUGGGAAGGGGAUGUCAUCGACAUUCACAGAGCGAACGCUGGCGUUGUUGACUCUCCUACUUGGAAUCACGUUUUGGUAUGCGAACUGGCGUCUUCUUUCACUAAGAGUGACGUUAAGAAAAUACGAGGGGCUAUGCUCCGAAUCACUGAGGAGGAGGAGGUAGUCUGCUCAGUGAGCUCUAAGUUUUUCGCGGAUAAGACUAUGCUGAGCUUGUCAUCGGACGCCGAGACUAGCGCUAUGCUUGCUGAAGUACUCGAUGGACAAGGAGUGAGGAAGUUCAUGAGCUUCUAUAUGGCAGGGUACUCCCCGCAAGUUUUGGAUAUGCGUUUCCGAGUGCCUCCAGGAGUUGCCGCUGAAACGCAUCUUGAAGAUUUCAGAGCAAGGAUUCGCUUGAAAUUAAAGGAAGUGCAGUUUUCAUUCAAUUCAGAGGAGAACGCUGACCAGACUGGCCUCACAGGGCGGGCGCGAUGGCGCUUCGUCUUGCAUAAGGUGAAUAUCGACAUGCCCACAUUGCAAAGUCAUCUCGAGCGAAAGCUGAAACUCCCACGGGACUCUCUGCACUUCGCUGGGUUGAAAGACAAAAGGGGACUCACAUAUCAGUUCGCCACUUUACCAGCUACACACAGCCCAGCAGAGAUCCAGUUCUCCAUAGAGGAUCUAUGCAGCACUCUCAAGCGGGGUUGGGCACAAGUUGAUAAUUUCGAGGCCGAUAACACGUCCCGGAAGCUCCAGUACGGGAUGCUCAUGGGGAAUUUCUUCCGCGUGCGCGUUCGUGGAGUCCAAAAGGGCGCGUCGGAGCGGCUGGAGUCCCUGCGGAAAGUCGGCUUUAUCAACUACUUUGGUCUGCAGCGUUUCGGAUGGGCCCUGGACGGAGGCUCUCAACAUGUUCGUAUCGGUGGAGCCAUUUUAUGUAAGGACUACAAGAGGGCUAUACGGAACUGGAUGAAGCCACCGGAAGGGGACGACACUGUGCAAGCUGAGGUAUUCAGGCAAUGGUUACUGGAUGGCGAUUCGGCAAAGGCUGUAUCGUCGCUCAGGCAUCUGUCCACUGAGAACAAUAGAGACCUCAACUGGCGUAUAAAGACAGGAGGCUUGACUGUGCAGGUGGGCGACCUCGUUGCUGUUGGCGCUGGCGACAACUUGGAGGAGCUUGCGCUUGUCCAGUCCGAAGAGGAAGCGCGCAAGUUUGCAUUGACUGACAUUCGGAUACCUCUGCUGGGUAUGUCGACAGACCGUUGCCCUGUACGCGAGGCUGGAGUAGACGUUCAAACACUGUAUCGCGAUCUGAUUGAAGAAUCAGUAAACCUCGGCGAGAUAGGUCCAUGGGCACGAGAGGGUAUCGACUUCGACCUCACCCCUAAUGUUGGAUGCCGAGUUGUCAUUAAAACCAUAGCGCGCCCUCUAGUGGUGAAGCCGGUGGCACUACAUUCUGAGGAAGAAUGGAAACUUGACUGGGGAGAAAACAUCAAGCGGAACAUGCUCCUCGAUUUCUACCUGCCUCGUGGAAGCUAUGCGACGAUGCUCUUACGCGAGCUUGGGGUUCAUCAAGAUCUUGGGCAGCUUGGUGGCGGCGAUUGA